CGAGGGACCCUCCCCCACACAGGACAUCACCGAUAGAUGGCUGAGAGCCCCGGAGGAGAGCCGCCUGAGUCUGCACGGUGAAGAGAAUGUCCCAGAAAUCUUGGAUCGAAAAUACUUUCACCAAGAGGGAAUGUAUCUAUAUUAUUCCAAGUUCAAAGGACCCACACAGAUGCCUUCCAGGAUGCCAGAUUUGCCAGCAACUUGUGAGAUGCUGCUGCGGCCGUCUUGUCAGGCAGCAUGCCUGCUUCACCGCCAGUCUUGCAAUGAAGUACACCGAUGUGAAACUAGGUGAAAAUUCCACAGAAGAACAAGAACAAUGGUCUGUGGAAAAAGACACAGAAGAGAGUCCAACAGAUGCAUAUGGGGUUAUAAAUUUUCAAGGUGGCUCACAUUCCUACCGAGCAAAGUAUGUUAGGUUGUCUUAUGACACCAGGCCGGAAACAAUUUUGCAGCUUAUGCUGAAAGAAUGGCAAAUGGAAUUGCCCAAACUUGUCAUUUCUGUUCAUGGAGGAAUGCAGAAAUUCGAGCUACAUCCUCGCAUCAAACAAUUAAUUGGCAAAGGCCUUAUCAAAGCUGCUGUAACAACAGGUGCCUGGAUUGUCACAGGAGGAGUAAAUGCAGGUGUUGCCAAACAUGUUGGUGAUGCCCUCAAAGAGCAUGCUUCCCGAUCAUCCCGAAAGAUCUGCACCAUUGGCAUUGCACCUUGGGGUGUCAUUGAAAAUCGAAAUGACCUGGUUGGAAGAGAUGUAAUUGCUCCAUAUCAAACCUUGCUGAACCCCCUGAGUAAACUCAAUGUUCUUAACAAUCUGCAUUCCCAUUUCAUCUUGGUGGAUGAUGGUACUGUCGGAAAGUACGGCGCCGAAGUGAGUUUAAGGAGGGAGUUAGAGAAAACUAUCAAUUUACAGCGCAUUCAUGCACGUAUUGGCCAGGGAGUCCCUGUAGUGGCACUGAUAUUUGAAGGCGGUCCAAAUGUCAUCCUCACAGUAUUGGAUUAUCUCCAGGAAAGUCCUCCUGUCCCCGUUGUUGUGUGCGAGGGGACUGGCAGAGCUGCUGACAUACUGGCAUAUGUGCACAAGCAAACCGAAGAGGGAGGGAAUCUACCAGAAGGGGCAGAGCCAGAAAUCAUUUCAACUAUAAAAAAGACUUUCAACUUCAGCCAGCCUGAGGCCGUCCACCUCUUCCAGACUCUGAUGGAGUGCAUGAAAAGCAAGGCGCUUAUAACCGUCUUUCAUAUUGGCUCAGAUGAGCAUCAGGACAUUGAUGUUGCGAUACUAACUGCUUUGUUAAAAGGAACAAACGCAUCUGCUUUGGACCAGCUGAUUUUAACUCUGGCAUGGGACAGAGUGGAUAUUGCCAAAAAUCAUGUAUUUGUCUAUGGGCAACAGUGGCUGGUUGGGUCUUUGGAACAAGCCAUGUUGGAUGCACUUGUCAUGGACAGGGUUGCGUUUGUCAAGCUUCUCAUAGAAAAUGGAGUCAGCAUGCACAAAUUUUUAACAAUCCCCAGGCUGGAAGAGCUGUAUAACACCAAACAAGGCCCUACUAACCCAACUCUGUUUCAUCUUGUCCGAGAUGUAAAGCAGGGUAAUCUCCCACCUGGGUAUAAAAUUACUUUGAUUGAUGUGGGUCUGGUCAUUGAGUACCUGAUGGGAGGAACCUAUAGAUGCACUUAUACAAAAAAGCGGUUUCGGAUCAUUUACAACAAUCUUCAUGCUGGAAACCGGCGUUCUGGCCGAAACACCUCAAACAAUACACCUCAGAUGCGUAAAACUCACGAAUCAUUUGGAAGCAGGACCGAUAAAAAGGAGAAAAUGAGGCACAAUCACUUCAUCAAAACCGCCCAGCCUUAUAAACCGAAGCAAGAUGCCUCUGCUGAUGAAGGGAAGAGGAAGAGGGCCAAAGAUGAGAUUGUGGACAUUGAUGAUCCUGAAAUGAAGCGCUUUCCUUACCCAUUUAAUGAGCUGUUGGUUUGGUCUGUACUAAUGAAGAGGCAGAAAAUGUCUCUCUUCUUCUGGCAGCAUGGGGAGGAGUCCAUGGCAAAGGCUCUCGUUGCCUGCAAGCUGUGUCGCUCCAUGGCAUAUGAAGCAAAACAGAGCGAUGUCGUGGACGAUGCCUCAGAAGAACUGAAGGAACAUUCAAGUGAAUUUGGUCAACUGGCAGUAGAUUUGCUUGAUCAAUCUUUCAAACAGGAUGAAAUGAUGGCAAUGAAGCUUCUCACAUAUGAGCUGAAAAACUGGAGCAAUUCUACCUGCCUUAAGCUUGCUGUAUCUUCACGUCUACGCAAUUUUGUAGCUCAUACUUGUACCCAAAUGCUGCUGUCUGACAUGUGGAUGGGAACAUUAAAUAUGAGGAAGAAUUCCUGGUACAAGGUGAUUCUUAGCAUUUUGAUCCCUCCGGCAAUACUUAUGCUUGAAUAUAAAACGAAGGCAGAGAUGGCCCACAUACCCCAGUCUCAGGAUGCUCAUCAAAUGACCAUGGAUGACAGUGAGACAAAUUUUCAGAAUCUACCAGAAAACAUUGCCAUGAAUGUAUUUAAAGAAGUUCAGGUCUUUGACGGUACAGAAGUGAAGAGUGAAAUUGAGACUCAGACAAAAACUCGGAAGCUCCCGAUUACUCAGAAGCUCUAUGCAUUCUACCAUGCUCCAAUUGUUAAAUUUUGGUUUAACACUCUGUUCUAUUUGGCAUUUCUCAUGCUUUUCACCUUUGUGGUUCUUGUGAAGAUGGAGCCAUUGCCUUCUGCUCAAGAAUGGAUUGUAAUUGCAUACAUUUUUACCUUUGCAAUUGAAAAAAUUAGAGAGAUCUUCAUGUCAGAAGCUGGCAAAAUUAACCAGAAAGUAAAGGUGUGGUUUGGUGACUACUUUAAUAUCACAGACACAAUUGGCAUCAUUACUUUCUUCAUUGGAUGUGGUCUGAGACUUGGAGCGUAUAAAUACACCUCACAGGAUGGUGGUGAUGAUGACAGCAUUCCGGACUACGGGGACUAUGUUUUAGUUGCUGGAAGAUUAACAUACUGUCUUAAUAUCAUUUUUUGGUAUGUCCGAUUAUUGGAUUUUUUGGCUGUCAAUCAACAGGCAGGACCAUAUGUAAUGAUGAUUGGCAAAAUGGUGUCAAAUAUGUUUUACAUAGUUGUUAUUAUGGCUGUUGUACUUCUGAGUUUUGGUGUUCCCCGACAAGCCAUUCUGUAUCCAUCUGAAGGACCAAGUUGGACUCUUGCUAGGAAUAUUGUUUUCCAGCCCUACUGGAUGAUAUUUGGUGAAGUGUAUGCAUACGAAAUAGAUGUGUGUGCGAAUAACUCUGAGGUAAAAGAGCUGUGUCAUAUCGGAACAUGGCUGACACCGUUUCUUCAAGCUGUCUAUCUCUUUGUGCAAUACAUCAUUAUGGUGAAUCUCCUCAUUGCAUUCUUUAACAACGUGUAUUUCCAAGUAAAGGCCAUUUCAAACAUUGUGUGGAAGUACCAACGCUAUCACUUCAUCAUGGCUUAUCACGAGAAGCCGUUUUUGCCUCCACCUCUGAUCAUUUUCAGUCACUUGUCUUCCCUGUUCUGUUUCGUAUGCAGAAGACGAAAGAAAGACAAAUUUUCACAUGGACCAAAAUUAUUCCUCACAGAGGAAGACCAAAAGAAGUUACAUGAUUUUGAGGAACAGUGUGUUGAGAUCUACUUCAAUGAAAAGAAUGAUAAAUUUCAUUUGGGGAGUGAAGAGAGAAUACGUGUUACAACUGAGAGGGUCGAGCAGAUGUGUAUACAAAUUAAAGAGGUUGGAGAUCGUGUUAACUAUAUAAAACGUUCGUUACACUCUUUGGAUUCACAGAUUGGACAUUUACAAGACCUGUCUGCCCUUACUGUGGACACCCUGAAAACCCUGACUGCACAAAAAGCAUCUGAGGCUAGCAAGGUUCACAAUGAAAUCACCCGAGAACUGAGCAUAUCAAAGCAUUUAGGACAAAACUUGGUCGAUGAUGGCCCCCUCCGCACCUCCAUGAGGAAAAAGCAGAGUGUUAGCAAUUUUUUUGGCUCUUCAUUUCCACAAGGUAGUCCUGAGGGUAACAGUAACUUUCUAUUCAACAUUUCUCUGAGGGAUGAAAGAAAUGCCAUAUGCAAAAAGGUGGGUGAAGACUUUUUCCCACCUCUGAGAGAAAAACUAAAUAUUCCAGGGGCUGGUCCAUCUGGAUGUGCCUUAGUUUCUACUGCUGACUGUCCUACAGAAUUGCCCAGCAGUGCAGAGCAAAUUCAGGCUCUCAUCGAUAAUCAGAGCUCCGACAACACCACCAGUAGCACAUCACCUACAGCUACAUUUUUCGUAAGCACGCCAAACCAGCCAAGCUUGAAAAGUCAAAUGGAAGCAACAUCUAGGCUGGGAAUGUCUCACCAUCAAAGGUCCUCAAAAGAAGCAGAAAAUACUGUCGAAUAUGGAGCUUUUGUUGGUCACCGAGACUAUGUCAUGCUACAAAUUAAAAAACCUGAAAACCAAAGUGAGGGAGAAAUAAAUCCGUCUAAUGUGAUUGACGAGUGCCCCCCUGUCAGCCUGAAACAAGUGAGAUCCUGUGCUGGAUUUAUGGAGCUGACCAAAAUCUCCCAGUCCCUGCGCUCAGACCAGUUGCAUACCAGUAGCCGGAGAGCCUCUCUGACUGAAGAGACGAAUAUAGAUGACUCCAAAGAAGCCUUCCUCGUGGAUUGGCUGCAGGCUCAUUCCUCGUCAGAUAAACCAAAGUCUAUGGCAGAGGAGGAUGCUCUGAAUGGUAUUGGAUCACCUUUCAAGCCAAUAGUGGACAUCAAUUAUUGUUAUUCAGCUGUUGAAAGAAACAAUCUGAUGCGAUUAUCCCAGACUAUUCCAUUCACACCGGUGCCUCCAAAAGUAGAGAUGGUGACUGUGUACCGACUGGAAGAGAGUUCCCCCAACAUCCUAAAUAACAGCAUGUCAUCCUGGUCACAGCGGGGACUAUGUGCCAAGAUUGAGUUUCUGAGUAAGGAAGAGAUGGGCGGUGGGUUGAGGCGAGCUGUGAAAGUGGCAUGCACCUGGUCUGAAAAUGACAUCCUGAAGGCUGGGAACCACUACAUCAUCAAGUCCUUCCUUCCAGAGGUGGUAAAUACCUGGUCAGUGAUCUACAAGGAAGAUACUGUUCUCCAUCUUUGCCUAAAAGAAAUACAGCAGCAGAGGGCAGCACAGAAGAUGACAUUCGCUUUCAAUACAAUGAAGCCCAAAUCUAUCCCAUACUCCCCAAGGUUCUUGGAAGUGUUUCUUUUAUACUGUCAUUCGGCAGGGCAAUGGUUUGCUAUUGAAGAGUGUAUGAAUGGAGAGUUCCGCAAAUACAAUAACAACAAUGGAGAUGAGAGCAUCCCAACCAAUAUGUUGGAAGAAACCAUGUUGGCUUUUAGUCACUGGACCUUUGAAUAUACAAGAGGGGAACUUCUUGUUCUGGAUUUGCAAGGUGUUGGAGAAAAUUUAACUGAUCCAUCAGUUAUCAAGUCUGGACAAAAAAGGUCAUCGGAUAUGGUGUUCGGACCAGCGAACCUCGGAGAUGAUGCUAUUAAAAAUUUCCGUGCUAAGCACCACUGUAAUUCAUGCUGUAGAAAGCUUAAGCUCCCAGACUUGAAGAGGAAUGAUUACACGCCUGACAAAGUGAUAUUUCCUCAGGAUGAAAAUACAGAAACAUCGACUGAUCCUGAUAAUUCCACCAAAGAGUCCAAUUCUAUUCGGCUGAUGCUGUAACUUGGAAACCAGAAGUUGUUGACUGUUCUCAACCCUGACUCUAAAAAAAAAAAUGAGAGGGGUAUUGCACACAUGUGCGUGCUGCUAGAAGUCAUGACUAUCUUCUUUUUAAUACACACUUAGUGACGUAAAUACCUUACCUGUAAGGUGCCGCCGUCGGCAUGAGCCUGAGUGUUUGCUGUCUGCGUCUCCAGCUUUCGUUAUACUGCAGCUCCAGAAUGCCUUGUUCUUAAACAAAUGGAGUGAUACAGGAUGCCUUCCUAUUGGCUGCCCACCCAUAAUGAAUUCUGCCUGUGGGUGCAUUUUUAAAGAACGACUUGUCGACUUUAUGGAACAUAAUGAAAUGGUAACUUGAGUUUUAACUGUAUAUAGUGGCUAUCGUUUUAUACAUUUCAAUUAUAUUAUUUGAUUAGUAAAGUCGUGAUCGGCUGAUUAUUAUUGUAUAAUAGAGGAAGAGGGAGAAACUGUCCCUUCAAGUGUUGCCUUGUAAAGAGAAGUGCUUUCUUGUAUAUUAUGUCUGCUUAGAAGAUACAUCUUCCAAAGACCUCAAACUGUACAACUUGUAUAUCAAAUGAGAAUGUACAAAAUCUUAUUCAUUUUUUUUUUUUUUCCAAUGUAUUUAAACUUUGUGUACAAAGAUCUUUUAUUGUUAUGUGGUACCUGUUUUAAUGAAUUACUAAGUGGUUGUAAAUUAUGGGGCACUGCAAUGCAACUUGGCCAAUGAAUUGUAACAUAAUAUUUCCAAUGUUGAGCGUUUGUCUAGAAACUAUUAGAGGUACUAAAUGCAGGUUUUAACUACAGAACAAAUAUAGGGGGGAAUUCAAUUACAGGCGAAGACAUUUGCCUGGCCGAAUCAGUGAGGUAAGAGCAGCACUUUAUGGCAGCCCAAACUGGUACAAAAAUUGCUCCUAGCCCCAAAUGGUAAGAGCACUUUUGUCAGGAUUGGUCCAGCCGAGGGGUGCAAGAUGUGGUGCCAUUGCUGGCAUUUAAACGCCACGGCAAUUCGCACCCUUCGCUCGCAAUUGAAUUUCCACCCAUAAAGUUCUAUACAUUUUUACUCUGUAGUGUAUCUUAUAGAUACAAUACUUAUUAAGGCACGAACAAAUUAGCUGUUAAAAUUGUUUUAUGUUACUGGGAAAAAUGAAAUAUACUGUAUACAUUUUAUAUAUCAUUUAAAUCUUAAUCUAAAUAAAUUUAUUCUUCAAA